AUGGCCGAGUCGUGCAGGCGGCUCAACAUUUGCACGCCCAGCGGCCAGGAGAUUGAACUGGACUUCAAUACGGAUGGUACAAUAUGGGCGUUGAAGCAGGAGCUUGAGACCAAAAAUGGAACCAGUGCUGCCGGGGCGAUAUUGCUCCAUGGCGAUAGUGUGCUCGAAGACCAUUGGACGGUGGAGCAUGCCAUACCACCUGCCUCAGUGCUGACACUCGUCAUGUCUUCCUUCCCAGUCGGCAGAUUCACUUACAGCAGUGCUGGGUCGGAUGGACCGGCUGGCUUCAACACGAGUGCGGAUGUCCAGGUCCAAAUUCACGCUAAUGGUAAGUUCGACAUUGCGAUACAGGAGACUGAAAUCACCUCGGAUGAUGAGGAUGAAGAUUAUGACCCCUAUGAGUCACACGCUGCCUGGGAUCAUGAGUACAAGGGAACCGUGGUCGCUACGGAGUCUAAGAAGCUAAGCUUUUCAGUUUCUGAUUGCAAGUGCAAGGGCCACUUUAGCUUGAUCCUGCCAUCGCCUGGGACCGAGCUGACUGGGACUUUCGAGAGCUUCUCGGAGCUGAAGCUAGAGCUGCCAUUCGCUGCAGGGGGCUGCAAUGCUGGAACUGCUGGUAUGUGCUGGCUCACCCUAGUGCAGUAG